AUGAUUAUUGAUAUCAUUUUUUUCGGUCUGAAGCUCAGGGUUCACUAUAUAAAGCCCCACCGCGGUCGGAUCCUGGCUGUCGGGUCCGCAGCCAGCAAAUGGGUAUGGUCCUGGGGUGCACGAUACGGCGCUGAUCGACCGAACCUUGAAAGUCUCCGUAUCUUGGUUGCUCUUUAUCCGGUAGUUGACCAUGGCCACGAUGGUGGAAAGGGUGCAGGGGCCUCCAAUCCCAAGACCCUGAAAAACCCCCCCGCCAACCUUGGAACUCGCCGUACAAUCCCUCCAAUUAAUUGA